AUGCCGCAAAUGUUGGGUGAUUCAUUGGAGGAUGAAGAGGAGGAUCUUACAAAAGAGAUGGCCCCAAAAGAAAUGCCAAUGCAAGCAGUCACUCAGGCGACAAAGGCGGCUGUAGCUGCCACCAAGGAAUCAUUUCUGACAAAAGUGAAAGACACGGUUGUGGAUGGAUCAAUCGAUCUCAAAGAUAAAGUCAAGCAAAAAGUCAUGCAGGAAACGGGAAUGCCAGAAUGGGCCUUCGUUUUCCUUGGCAUCAUCACACUGGCCAUCGUUCUCUGCUGUGCCUAUUUGUUGAUCAGAAAGCUAUUCGGCAAGAAGCGUCACGGGGAUCAGAACAAAAAAGGAUUCAAGGAUCUCUUCUCGAAGAAAGGAGCCGAGGGAAUGUUUGACAAGGAUGGCGCGAUUGCCGCCGAUUUAGCCCAUCUUGAGGAAAAUAUGGAACAAAACGAGAAAGAGCAAGCCGAAGUGAAAGAGGAAUUGAAACUCGGUCGGAUACAGUACAAACUCGACUACGAUUUUCAACAAGGACAGUUAUCAGUGACGGUGAUUCAAGCUGAGGAUCUUCCUGGAAUGGAUAUGUCCGGCACAUCGGAUCCAUAUGUGAAAUUGUAUUUGUUGCCUGAGAAGAAGAAAAAGGUGGAGACGAAAGUGCAUCGGAAAACGCUGAAUCCGGUCUUCAAUGAGACAUUUAUUUUCAAAGUUGCCUUCAACGAAAUCACUUCAAAAACCCUCGUUUUUGCCAUUUAUGAUUUCGAUCGUUUCAGCAAACACGAUCAAAUUGGACAGGUUUUGCUACCACUCGGGAAAAUUGAUUUGGGACAAGUGAUCGAGGAGUGGAAAGACAUUGCCCCGCCACCAGAUGAUAAAGAAGCGGAAAAAGCCCUUGGUGAUAUCUGUUUCUCUCUUCGAUACGUACCCACAGCCGGCAAAUUGACCGUGGUGAUUCUUGAGGCGAAAAAUCUCAAAAAGAUGGACGUCGGAGGAUUGUCUGAUCCCUACGUGAAAGUGGAGAUUCGCGAGAAUGGGAAAAGAGUGAAGAAGAAAAAGACGACAAUCAAGAGGAAAACCCUCAAUGCUUAUUACAAUGAGAAUCCCUACGUGAAGAUCGUUCUAAUGCAAGGCGGGAAAAGGUUGAAGAAAAAGAAGACGUCGAUCAAGAAAUGCACCCUCAAUCCAUACUAUAAUGAAUCGUUCUCAUUCGAAGUGCCAUUCGAACAAAUCCAGAAAGUCUCACUGAUGAUUACUGUAAUGGAUUACGAUAAGCUUGGAUCGAAUGACGCGAUUGGGAGAUGUUUAUUGGGUUGUAACGCGACCGGAGCCGAGUUGCGCCAUUGGAUGGACAUGUUGGCGAGUCCGCGACGACCGAUCGCUCAAUGGCACACAUUGCAAGCAGUCGAAGAGGAUGGAGAUAAAAAAGAUGAUGAUAAAAAAGACAAGAAA